CGGUCAUGGCAGCUGGAAUGAGUGAAGCAGAGCAAAAGCAGUUUGUGUCAGACAGCAUGGAUUCAGAUCUUCAGUUCGUACUGGCAGACUCAGGAGUGGCUUUAGAGAAUCAGGUGGCGAUUGCGCGCCAUUAUGGGAGCUUGAGGAAGUUCCGUGCCAUAGGAGAUUCCAGAGCUGAAGUGAGGAGAGCAUGUCUUGCGGACUUUGCCAUUCCGCAGGAUACCCCAGGAGGUCGUUCUCAGACGGCCUCAGUUGUUUCAUCGUGGGAGGUGGCUCAGGAAUACAUCUCAAAGGAGGUGGAAAUACGAGCAGAAGCAAAAGUGCUCGGGCAACCAUGUGCACUUCAAGUGCACGAGCGACAGGCUAUGCUGAAGGCAGUGGAACAGGUGUAUGGCGUUUUGCAGGAGGCUGAGUCACCUUCGUCAGACUACCUUUCAGUGAAGGCAGAAGAAACAGAGUCAAAUGAACCUCAAGCAGCUCCCUUAGACGAAGUGACUAGCAAGAAAGAUUCCACAACUUCAGGCAUGCAAUCAGGCCUUGAUAGCUCAGGACAUAUUCGCAUCACUCGGACGAAGACCAAGGCGAAGCUUCCAUCGACCACUGAGGACUAUCGUCGGGUCAUGCGUGUUGAGAUGAAUGCUUGGUUGUGCAUGGCUGCCAGGUACAAGGCGAAGGCUUGGCUUCAUGGUUUGACUCCUGAUCCUUUCAAUCGUUUUGUCGACUACAUUCUUGGGGAUCGUGUUUACAACAUUCAGGUUCCUUCUUUGCAGGGCGAAGGUCUUCAGAAGGUGAAGCCUGAUUGGAGCAUCAUUUUAGCAUAUGAACACAAGUUGCGCAAGGAAGCAUUCAAGCUGGUCAUUCGAGAAGGGUUCACAUUGGCUGAUGCUCUCAGGUCAGUGAUUCGUGACGCUGAUUUGAAAAAGACAUACUUCACCACACCCGUGGCACUUCGGGCCGCAAUGGCUUCAGAGAGGCCCUCACCGAACAAGUUCCAGCGCACCGGAUUCAAGGGUUUCGGCGACUCGAAGGGCAAUUGGAAAGGCGCUGGCAAGACAUGGAAAGGAAGCAGAGGCGACAAAGGUGGCAAAGGUGGCAAAGGUGGCAAAGGUGAAGUUCGUAAGGAGCUCCAGGGACUUCAGUUGGCUUGGAGGACACCAGACGGUCGUGAUCUGUGCUUUGCUUACAAUGCUGGCAGUUGUGAUGGCAAGUGCAACAGGGUUCAUCAAUGUCGGGUGAAGGGUUGUUAUGCCGAUCAUCCGGCUGUGAAGCACAAAGAGCUGGUGCCAUCGGAGACUGUCCAGCAGUGCAUACCAGAUGUUCGGACCGCAGCCUUUGCGUUGGUAACGGGCAAGUACCAGACUUCGCCAUUUGCUGGUGAACCUUUGGAGAGCCUGCGGGCUCGAUGGGGAGGGCUCUUGGCAGAUCCCGCAGAUGCUCUGGUGAUGGAUAAGGAUCAACCUUUUUUAUUGCGGGGGCUAGCUCAAUGGUUGUCGGUCUUCGAAGAUCCAGAUGCAGGGUGGCUUGUAGAUGCUGAGGAUUCUUUUGCCACAGGGGUCAAUAACCGCAUUGUCUAUAAAGAUCAGAUUCAGUGUCCCGGGCCGCCGGAGGUGGCCUCAGUGGUGAGGGAAUCGGUUGAGACUCGCGAGGCCCCUUUCUGCGUUUCGGCCGACAUAAAGGCGGCGCAUCGCCUCGUCAAGAUUCGCCAUGUGAUGGGCACCACGUGGUUCCUCCACCUCGUGUACGUUGACGACUUACAUGGUUCGUUCACAGGUUCUUCGAAGUUUCUGCACCUUUGGAUUUGGGUCCUCGCUUUCGAACUCGUUGGAACCCCUUUUGCUUAUCGCAAGUUUCGAGGUGGCUUUGCUUCAGCGUUCGUAGGUUACCAAAUGCGUUAUGACUUGAACGAGGUAGGCAUCUCGGUCCGUCGGGGUGAGUGGCUCACCAAGUGGAUUAGGUCUGCGGAGGAAAAGAGGUUCGUGGUUGUGACUCGUGACUUCGCCGAGUUUCUUGGCAGACUGGGAUUCGUGGCUCAGCUUCUGGUUUGGCUGAAGCCUCACCUAGCACCCCUCUUCGCUUGGUCGGCAGCCACUUCUGCCAGCACAGUUGCUAAGCUCCCGGAGGUUGUAAUUCUCACCCUUAAGUAUUUGCUGUCCGAGUUUUCGGUUGAGUCCUACAUGGUUUCCGCUAGGAGGCCAAAGGUUUUCACAGGUGAACAAUUCCGGACGGAUGCAAAGUGCACGGACGACCAGGUUGUCCUCGGGGGUUGGGAAGUUUCCUCGGGUCGUUGGUUCCAGAUUUGUUUAGACGAAUCUAGUGCGCCCUACUUAUUUCGUCCUGGAAAGGGGGCCCAGUGGGCCUCGACGUCAGCAGAGCUCCUGGCGACACUGGCUGCGUUAGUCGCAUUUGGUUGGACAGGAGUGGCAAACUCUAGGAAGUCGUUAGAGCUUUGCUUGGCAGCAGGGACUGAUAAUAGGAGCAACGAGGCACGAGUGGCCGUGAGGCUGAAGUGGCGCCCCAGGGAAGAGAACACGAUUGCAGAUGACAUCACCAAUUCGGUUUUCGAUCAAGUCGAUUUAUCGAAGCGUAUCACCAUUAGUUAUGCGGACCUUCCUGUUCAAAUCAUUCACGCACUUUACAAGUCCAAAGCAGAGUUUGACCGGGCGCGUGAGUCUCAGCGCACCAUUGCUCGGUCUCAAGCACUUCGGGUGGCGGGCAUGAAACGGAAGAGGGCUGACAAGACACCGUGGUGA